UCUCGCGGUUGAUUCGCUGAACAGACCGCCCGAGCGCGAUUUGUAACGCGGGAAAAGUGGUUCAGUAUCCGGCGGACAAGUGUUCAUUCGACAGAAGAGGGAGAACAGUCGAGAUAGAAUUCGGAAUGUUGGAAAAUAAUGUUAUUAUCUAGCAUUUAGGAAAACCCCGAGACAUUGAGCACUUUUACUUAAUUCUGGAAAUGAAUGAUUUUUGUGAAACUGAUCAAGGAUUUAAGGAAUACUUCGCUAUUCGUCUUGUGUGGAUGGAGAAGACUUUUCGGAGGGCGUGAAUUUUGCCAGAGUUAACUUGUAACCUUUUAAGUAGAACUAUUUUUCCAUUAGCGUAGGCUAUUUUAAAGCUGAAUUUACUUCAUUUUAAUAGGGAAGUAAAGGAAGUGAUUGCCACGAUGGCAGAGAGUAAUUCUCCUCAAGUGAUUUUUUGCAACGAUUCACCAAAACGAGUGCUGGUGUCUGUCAUCAAGACCACCCCGAUCAAACCCAAGACUGACUCGCUCAUGCCAACAAGUCCAGGUUUCAGCGACUUUAUGGUAUACCCAUGGAAAUGGGGAGAGAACGCGCAUAACGUUACCCUCAGCCCCGGUUCAGGGGCCGGGCCCGCCUCGCCUACCCGAAGUGGCUCCACAGGCGAGACUGACCACGCUGCUUGUCCUGAUCACAUCAAGGAUGGAAUGCGCCGUGGCCGUCCGCGCGCUGACACGGUACGCGAGCUGAUCUCAGAGGGCGAAAACUCCUCUAGCAGAAUCCGCUGCAACAUCUGCCACCGUGUGUUCCCCCGGGAGAAAUCACUACAGGCCCACAAGCGUACGCACACAGGGGAGAGACCUUACCUCUGUGACUACCCGGGUUGUGGAAAGGCUUUUGUCCAGAGUGGUCAGCUGAAGACACACCAGCGCCUUCAUACAGGAGAGAAGCCAUUUGUCUGCUCAGAGAAAGGCUGUGGUAGUCGCUUCACCCAUGCCAACCGCCACUGCCCCAAACACCCAUAUGCCCGCCUCAAGAGAGAAGAACCAACCAUGAGUCCAGGGGAGGCCCAAAGCGUGGACAACAAGGCUGUUGCAGAGUGGCUAGCCAAAUAUUGGCAGACCCGUGAACAGCGUGUCCCCCCACCCACCAAGGGCAAACCAGGUGGGAAAGGGGCCUUGGAGGACCAGGAACAGCAAGACCCUCUGGAAUUUCUGCAGUCAGAUGACGAGGAGGAAGAGACCCCUCCAGAGGAAGAGAAGUCCAGCUCUGGUGGGGCAGCUAGGCGCCGUCUUCAGGAGCAACGAGAGCGUCUGCAUGGGGCACUGGCCCUCAUCGAGCUGGCCAACAACCUGUCUCCAUGAGUCCCCAACGUACCCUGUACACUCGCCCCACCCAAGGGUGGAACCUAAGCUAAAAGCACCUUAUUUCCGCUUCCAGUUGUACUCGUAUUUUAGAGCUGCUAUGACGGUAGAUGUCAUUAUUGUUAUCAUUAUAUGAAGAAUGUUCUCUGCCGUUUUUCAAAGAGUGAGAGAGAGAGGGAGUAGGAAGAGAGAGGAAAACAUGUUUUGGUUGGUGUGUUUGUGUUAUUUUGCACUUUUUGUUGUAACGAGUUUUUGUGCUUUGUUUUGAAUCGUUUUGUUCUGUGUUUUAGCGGUCUGACAGUGUGCAAAGUGUAUUUGUGUGUGUACAUACAUGAUUUUGCGUGGAAAGAAAUACAGGGCGUGUUCAGAUGUCAGUAGGAAGACUAGUGGCCACUUUUGAUGGUAAAUUCAUGUUGAGAGUCCGUACAGGUGGUGGUAAUGGAGAGGAGGAAACAAAAUGGCGAUCCAGGAGAGUCCCAGAUUGGCUACUGUCUUUUAUAUUAAAAGCUAGCUAGCUUACAGAAAUCAAUCAAUCUCUUAAUGGACACACAUCUUUUCAGUGCACUUAUUUUGGUUUGUUUUUAAUUAUUAUUUAACACUCUCAUGACGCCCCACCUUUUUUCAGCUUGAGAUGUCAGAUUCAGGCCUUUACAUUAAUAAGGAAAGUCAGCAGGGAUUUUUUUGUUUUGGUUGCUCACCGGGACAGCUGUGGUUAGAAGAUAUGUUUUGCAAGUCUUACCCCUCCCAACCUACCAUAACAUAGAUGAGUAUCCCUAAUCCCUAUACCACGCUCAGAACGGCUACCUGCCUGAAGCCCUUAUUGGUAGAUCAUUCAAUUUGCCCCAGGAAGUGGCAACGAGUGGUUGCUGGACUGAGGAUUGUGAGGUACUGGUGCUUUUUUUAACCACCACCUCGUCCUGGCGGCUCUCUGUCUCUCACUGAACUGAUUGCAAAGUCACCCUGAAAAUCAUCUACUGCUGUGUGAAGAAAUGGCACUUAUCUGUGACUUCAACAACCGAGGGUUUCACCAGACCAGCAUCCUCUCGUGCUCUUUCCAGUCCCUCUCCCUGCAACACUACAUGACAGGCCUCCAGGAAUCAGCUCCACGUUUGGGAAAAAGUCAACAAAACUAGCAUGCAGCAGAAACAGAGAGCCAGCGGAGAUGUUAGUUUGUGUUAAUACUGGAAAACCCUUUGUAUUGGCAAUCAACACCAAAUGAAGUCUAUCUAAAGCUUAAGUAAAGAUAAAAUGAUUUUAAUCUUUUUUGACAUUUAAACUAAAGUUAAUAUAUCAGAAUCACUUUGAGAUAGAAAGAAACGGAAUUAUUUAGGAAGUGCUUACAUCAUUUUUUUGAUGACAGAAUGUAAUAUGUGUAGGUCCUGGUAAUUUUUGUUGUGUUUUAAGCAGAGAAGGCUCUUACUGUGUGGACCAGACAAUGUAAAUGAAUUUUUUUCUACCCUCUUUUUGGCAACACAUAGUACUAGUUAGUGCCUGUUGCUUCUCAUUAAAUAUUAUAUCUAAUUCUGA